AUGCGUGUCCACCCUGUAAUCCGUCGAGCGCGAACGGUAUAUCGUCGCAUGCCAAAUGGCGCAACCCAGGAGAACAUCGAGACAAGCACAAUACAUAACACCAAAAGCCAGGUAAAUCCUGCGGGCCAAGAUGAUCUCACGUUAAGCUACACCAAUUCCGAGCCACUCCGCGAGCAGAUGCCCGAUGAACAUGCCCAGCGCGGUGUUCAAGAUGUUGAAGCUGUGGCUCUCACUUGGUCGAAAGGCUAUCUGAUUGCAGUAUUUGUUAAUAUUUGGUGCUUAUACUUCGUCAAUGCAUUCCAAGCAACAAUGAACACGAGUCUGAACCCAUACGUGACGAGCACCUUCCAAUCACACUCGCUUUCGGGUGUCCCCACCGCGCUCGGCGACGCCUUUGCAGCCGCCACCUACCUUCCUAUGGCAAAAUUGAUGGAUGUCUGGGGUCGCGCAGAGGGCUUUCUAUUUAUGAUAAUCUGUCUUACGAUCGGACUGAUUCUUAUGGCAACUUGCCAAACAUUCGAGACCUAUUGUGCCGCCAAUGUCUUCUGGUAUAUCGGUUUCUACGGCACAGAGUACGCAAUUGAUGUUGUGACUGCCGAUGCUUCGACUCUUCAGAAUCGUGCGUUCGCAUAUGCGUUUACAUCCUCCCCAUACAUCAUCACUGCUUUUGCAGGACCAAAGGUGGCGGAGCAGUUUUACUACCAGAUUUCCUGGAGAUGGGGCUUUGGUGCCUGGGCUAUCAUCACGCCUAUCGUUGCUGCACCUCUAUACAUCAUGUUGAAGUACAACCUUCAUAAGGCUGAAAAAGAGGGAUACCGGAUAAAGAGACCAAGUGGUCGCACAAUGCUGGAGAGUAUCUGGCAUUGGACUGUACAGUUUGAUCUGCUCGGCGUCUUGAUUUUUACGGCUGGCCUCGUACUUUUUGAGCUUCCAUUCGAUAUUGCUGCCUACGCUCCUGAUGGCUGGGCCUCGGGUUACAUCAUUGCUAUGCUUGUUGUCGGAUUUUCGAUGCUAUUCUUCUUUGCAAUUUGGGAGAAAUGGCUGGCCCCGGUACCCGUGCUCGAGUGGCGUCUACUCACAAACCGUACGAUCAUCGGUGCAAUUCUCCUUGACGCAACCUAUCAGCUUUCCAACUAUUGCUGGAGUUAUUAUUUUACCUCCUGGCUGCAGGUUAAUAAUGAUCUCACCAUUACUACGUCGAACUAUAUCAACAACAUUUUUGAUAUGGUAUCAGGGGUGCUUUUACUGCUUCUGGGUUGGUUUAUACGCAUGGUUGGUCGCUACAAAUGGACUUUGUACAUUGCUAUCCCACUCUACAUUUUUGCACAAGGAUUAAUGAUUCAUUUCCGCUCGCCGAAUGGUAACGUUGGCUACCAGGUGAUGUGUCAGAUCUUCCUUGCCAUCGGUGGCUCAGUCUUCAUUCUCGUUGAACAACUCGCAAUCCUGGCUGCAGUUGAUCAUCAGCACAUUGCUACAGCCCUGGCUCUGCUGAAUGUGGCUGGAACCAUUGGCGAUAGCGCAGGCAUCACCAUCAGUACAAUCAUCUGGCAGCAGACAUAUCUGAAAGCUCUUUUCCGAUACCUUCCCGAAUCGGCACUACCAGAUCUAAAGAACAUUUACGAAGAUCUGACAACUCAAACGAGUUAUCCUAUUGGAACCCCGGUCAGGUUAGCGAUUCAGAAGGCCUAUGCCUACGCCGAGCUUAGACUGCUUGCUGUUGGGUGUGGGAUCAUGGUUCUAGCAAUUCCUUGGACUAUUCUGAUCAAGGAUAUGGAUCUCAAGCGGAAGCCACAGGUGAAGGGGACUGUGUUUUAG